AUUUCGCGCAGCGGAAAUUCAAAAACACCGCAUGGAAUCGACUUCCUGUUGGUAUGCUUGUUGUGGUAGCGGCAUUGAUACGUUGAAUUAAGCAUUGAUUUGGUUAAAUUGGUUUUGGAUAUAUAUCUGAGAGAACAUGGCAGCUCUAAGCCAAGACGACCCCUGCUCAUUUUCUCGGCCAGAUGAGUGUAAAGUAACUGAGAUCCAUCUGAACCUGGAGGUAGAUUUCUCAUCCAGAAAGCUGUUAGGCUAUGUGGAUCUCUCGGUGCAGAGGGUGAAAGAUGGAGUGCCAAAUUUGAUAUUGGACACAAGAGACAUAGCUAUCCAAAAAAUCUUGGAUGCUGACAAUAGCCAGGAACUGAAAUUUACAUUGGGGGAAAAUACUGAAAGUUUUGGAUCCAAGUUAGAAGUUCAGCUCCCUGUUUUAGCGUCUAAAAGCAACAAGAUUCGAGUACAUUACGAGACAUCCCCACAGUGUUCAGCUUUACAAUGGCUGAGACCUGAACAGACUGCAGGAAAACGACACCCAUAUCUCUUUAGUCAGUGUCAGGCAAUCCACGCCAGAAGUAUGGUUCCAUGUCAAGACACACCCGGCGUUAAGGUCCCCUACACAGCCAAGGUGACAGCUCCGAGAGAAAUCACCAUUCUGAUGAGUGCAGUAAGGUUGAACCCACAGGCACACCCAUCAGACAACAGUAAACUGGUUCACCAAUUUGAGCAGAAAGUUCCCAUCCCCACAUAUCUCAUAGCCAUUGUAGGAGGAGAUCUAGAAUCAAAAACUAUUGGACCAAGAUCAAGAGUUUGGACAGAGAAGGAAAUGUUGGAGGAGGCAGCUUAUGAAUUUUCAGAGACAGAGAAUAUGAUAAAGAUUGCGGAGGAUUUAAUGGGGCCCUACAUCUGGGGUCAGUAUGACCUCCUUGUUCUUCCACCUUCCUUUCCAUACGGAGGAAUGGAGAAUCCCUGUUUGACCUUUGUGACCCCUACUCUACUGGCAGGAGACAAGUCAUUGGCUGAUGUGGUGGCCCAUGAGAUAUCUCACAGCUGGACGGGCAAUCUCGUUACCAACAAAAACUGGGAGCACUUCUGGUUAAAUGAAGGUCACACAAUGUUCGCGGAGAGAAAAAUUACAGGGAGAUUGCAUAACGAUGAAGCACUAUCUCAGUUCAUGGCACUUGGAGGGGCAAAGGAACUGAAAGAAGAAAUUGAGGUUGUUCUGAAGAAUGGACCCUACACACGGCUGAUUCCGGACCUCAAGGGAGUGGAUCCAGACGAUGCCUUCUCCAUUGUUCCGUAUGAGAAGGGCUUCACUCUUUUGUUCUAUCUGGAGACUCUGCUGGGGGGCUCAGCUGUGUUUGAAAAGUUCCUGAAAGCCUACAUAGAAAAGUUCAAACAACAGUCCAUUGACUCGGACCAGUGGAAAGACUUUUUGUAUUCCUACUUCACUGACAAGAGAGAAGUGUUGGACGGUGUGGAAUGGGAUAAAUGGUUUUAUGAUCAGGGAAUGCCUCCCGUCAUACCCAUAUAUGAUGACAGUUUGGCAGUCCCGUGUAGAGAGCUUUGCCAGAAGUGGUCUUCUGCUGGCGAGAAAGAGCUGGAGCAGUUUAACCCCAGUGACCUGAAAUCAUUUUCCUCUGUCCAGGUCCGGGAAUUUCUGGCUCAGCUGCUGGAACAGCCACCACUAUCUAAUACCAAGAUACAGAAGAUGGAGGAGCUGUAUAAAUUGAAUGCUGUCCGGAAUUCUGAAGUCAGGUUCAGGUGGCUGAGACUGAGCAUUAAAGCUCAGUGGAAGGACGCCAUUCCUCGGGUGUUGGCGUUUGUCAACGAGCAGGGAAGAAUGAAAUUUGUCAGACCUCUGUAUCGGGACCUGUACAGCUGGGAGGAAUCCAGACCGAUUGCCAUAGAGAACUUCACAAAACACCGAAGUGAGAUGCACAACACCACGGCAACCAUGCUGGCCAAGGAUCUCAAACUGAGUUAGAACUCUAUGCUGAACGAAUGUCUUGUAGGUGUUGGUGCAUUUUCAUUUCUUACAUGGAAGCAGUACAUGUGUUAACCAGUCUAUGAUUUAGAACUUUAAAUUUCGCAGAGCCCACUGAUUACAAUCAACUAAACUGUGACAUAUUUAACAUUGUUGAAAAUACAAUUAGUUAAUUUUAAUUUCCAUUGUGGUUCAGUAUAAUUAGAAACUUUCUUUCUUAAUGUAACAGUCAAAUUCUUUUUUUAUAAUGACAUUCUGGCCAAAUGAUACUAGUCACACAUUUACGAGGAGUAACUCUGGUGUGCAUAAAAGUAAGGGAGAUAAUUCAUGGAAAUCUUCCAAACAACGUAAAACAAAAACUUUGUGAUUGCAUCCUCUCCCUGUGGUCAAUGAAUGUUGUUUGUAAUCUGAAACUUGUUCAUCCAGACCUUUUUGUCAGAAUACAAGAGUGCUGUAGAUAUAAUGUAGUGCUAGAUGUUACAUUUUACUGGACCUAUUAUUAGUAUGGUAUACUUUUGUUAUAUGCAGAUUCAAAGUGUGUAAAAGGCAGUACAUUUAUUUUGGUGCAUAUCCAGAUGUGUGAUUUCUUUUUCAUUUACUGUGAUACUAAGAGGAAGGUGAUCUUACGGUGCCUGUAUUUAUAAACUUUAUAGAUCUGAAAUGAUUGUGUGGUUGUAUGUUGUAUGUGAAGUGUAACAGAAUACACGUUACUGAGAGUCACAUGCUGUGGCUUGUUAUGAAUGAAUAAUAAAACCAGUGCCUGAUA